AUGCAAAAGGUCAGCAGCCGCAGCAGCAGCCUGUGCUGGCUCGUCGUCGGUUUCGGCCUGCUGGUGGUGCUGAUGGUCCAGCUGAUCAGCGUUACCCGCGCCGAAGCGACCACCGCCCGGACGCAGGUUUCGGACGAAGCGCUCGAGAAAGCCCUCAGCGACAAGCGGUACCUGAUGCGCCAGCUCAAGUGUGCGCUCGGUGAGGUGGCGUGCGAUCCGGUCGGCAAGCGCCUCAAGAGUUUAGCACCGUUCGUCCUGCGCGGUGCCUGCCACCAGUGUACGCCGGUCGAGAUGAACCAGAUCAAAAAAACGUUAGCACAUUUGCAGCGAAAUUUCCCCGCGGAAUGGAACAAGCUCGUGCAGACGUAUGCCGGCUAAGGGCCGCUUGCCGGGCGAGGUAAAUCUGCGAGCUGUUAUCUGCGUGUGAUAAACCGAACGACCGUUGGCGUUGGUGAUUGCAACGUUGAUGGGAUUUGGGGUUAGAAGAACCAGGGGAGUGUCGGGAGUAGUUUAAAGUUUGCAAACGAAAUAUUUUAAGACCAGCCACACACUGUGUGUGCGCAAUGAUAGGUUAAGGUGCGGUAGAGCUUUGUAUGAUGCGUACAACACGAAAAGGUGAAACGGUUACUGCAACUUUGCACGAAAGUGUGUCGUACAGUUGGAGAAUAAAA